CAUAAACUGUAGGAGCAAAUUGCAAAUAUUUUUCUUUCUCUCUCUCAUCAGUCGAUCGACGACAAUCAAUAGAGCCUUUUCUUCUUCCCCAAUCGAAUACGGCGUACGCAGCGAAUUGAAGCCGGCGUCGACUGUGAUCUUCUACGGUGUCCGUUGAUUCUACAAGGUUGUUUCCGCUCCUUCCACCCAACACAUCAUGGGAGAUAGUCAGUACUCAUUCUCUCUAACCACAUUUAGCCCUUCUGGAAAGCUUGUUCAAAUCGAACAUGCCUUAACAGCCGUUGGAUCUGGUCAAACGUCUUUAGGGAUUAAAGCUGCUAAUGGUGUGGUUAUUGCAACAGAGAAGAAGCUACCAUCUAUCUUGGUUGAUGAAGCAUCGGUGCAAAAGAUUCAGAUAUUGACCCCCAAUAUUGGAGUUGUAUACAGCGGCAUGGGUCCUGAUUCUCGGGUUUUGGUUCGAAAAAGUAGGAAGCAGGCAGAACGAUAUCACCGAUUAUACAAAGAACCAAUUCCUGUCACUCAACUUGUAAGGGAAACUGCCGGUGUUAUGCAGGAGUUCACACAGUCAGGUGGUGUAAGGCCUUUUGGUGUUUCACUGCUGGUUGCUGGCUUUGAUGACAAGGGUCCACAACUAUAUCAGGUGGAUCCAUCAGGUUCAUACUUCUCUUGGAAAGCCUCGGCUAUGGGAAAGAAUGUGUCUAAUGCAAAGACAUUCCUUGAGAAGAGGUACACAGAUGAUAUGGAGCUCGAUGAUGCUGUCCACACAGCAAUCUUGACUUUAAAGGAGGGAUUUGAAGGACAGAUCUCUGAAAAGAACAUUGAGAUUGGCAUAGUUGGCACUGAUAAAAAAUUCAGAGUACUGACACCAUCUGAAAUUGCUGAUUACCUGGAGGAAGUUGAGUAAUUGGAAAACGAGAAUAUUACAGAAUGAGAGGCAAAAUCUUUCUCUGAAACUAGGUUGUUCUACCCUUAAUGUUGAAACUGGUUUUAUUUGUUGAAAUUUGUGAAUUGAAAACCGUCCGUAGACCCGUUACUGUUGUGGAAAAUAUUCCUUGUUUAUGGUUACAUUAAGACACAAAAAUGGGGAAAUUUGAAUUAUCAAUGAUCAACGAUAAAACAUUUUGUGUUCUUCUCUUC